CCGGGCACACUGAGCUACACGUGCAUUGUGAUUGAAUUUACUGUGAAAUAGCCCACGAAAAGUGGCUAAAAACGCGUAAAUUGAGCGAAACUCCCUGCCGCAAACAGUGCAGGAGCACUGAGGAUUAACAGAGCAUCGAUUGCCCGACAGGACAACCAUGAACUUCGACGACGAGGACCGUUUGGAACUGCAGUUCCUGGCAGGCGGCAACAUCGUGGAACAUGCGCCAGUCUUUUCGCCCGACGGAAGAUUCAUGUUCGUGCGAUGUCUGACAAAGGUGCAGGUGUAUGCCACCAGUACGGGCGAACUUACCCGAGUUUUGGACGAUGCCACGGCGCCAUUGAUUAGCCUGGAAUUGGAUCUGAAGCAACCGGAUCUUCUCAUCGGAUGCACGAGAACCGGGCAGAUAAUCCGCUGGAACUGGCGAGCGGGUGUGCUGAAGAAAACCGUGUCCUUGAAGCUGGCUCCCGGUGGCACGACCAUCUUGACCUGCCACCUGAUGAAUCUGUACAAAGGUGGCGACACAGCCUGCGCCUUUGUGACCACGAAAAGGAAGAGUGGCGACCACGUCAACUGGUUUGUGGUCAACACGAAUACAGGCGAUACGAUCGAUGUCAACUGCGGCCUAAAGCUGAAAGUUCGAGCUCCCCUUGUGGACGUGGGAAAGGGCCAGUUCAAGUACAUUGUCCUUGCUCAGGGCCACUACAUCUACUUCGUGAACUAUGUGACCUGGAAAUUCGGGCGCUACAAGAACGCCAAUCAACAGGCCAUCACCUGUGUGCGAAUGAGUCCCUCUGAAAUGGUGGCGGCAACCGCCGAUUCCGUUGGCAAGAUCUUCAUUUGGCGGAACUUUGAAAAGCAAGAAUCAAUGUCCAACACUCUGUUCCACUGGCAUCACACGGAGGUGACCAGCUUGGCCUUUUCACCCUCGGGCGUGAGCAUCUACAGCGGCGGACAUGAGUGCGUGCUGGUGAAGUGGUCCUUGCUGAAACCCGGCGAUCGACAGUAUCUGCCCCGGUUGCCCAGUGUGAUUCGGCAUAUUGUGGUCAGCAAUGACAAUGAGAAUGUCUUGGUUUGCACGGAGGACAAUGCCAUUCAGCUGCUGAACGGCAGCAACAACAAUGUCGAAUCCACGGUCCAGCAUUUUACAUAUGAGACAAACGAUAAGACGGGCAGGUCUAAGUUCCCCUUGGGAUUGCGCUUGAAUCCAAGGACGAAUACGUUGGUGCUGAACGGCAGAUCCGGACAUUUGCAGUUUUAUUCGGCCUACACCAAGAGCAUGUUGUACAAUCUGCGCGUUGUGGACACUAAUGUGCAUACUGAGGAAGCAAAUCGCAUUAUCUACAACACGCUAAUUACACGAGCCGCUUUUAAUAUCAAUUGGAUGGCCACUGGAGAGGUGUACGAUGAUCUGGAGAACUUUGCCGAAGUUCGUCUCAAAUUCUGGCAGUACAAUGAAAAGUUGCAAAGUUACAUUCUGAACACGGAGAUUGACCUACCUCACGAGCGUGGCUUUAAGGCCAUCAUCUUCUCCAAUCAGUUCCAGGUGGACAACUUGCGAUGUGCCACUGCUGGCGAGGACAACGUAAUUAAGGUGUGGGGCCUUACGAAGUCUGAGAACAUAUACAAGGGUGGUACUAUGUGGAGUUGCCUGGCACAGACAAGCUACAGGAAUCUGCCCAUUGGUUCACUAUGCUUCUCCCAGGAUGGCUCUUUGUUGGCCGUCGGGUACGGGAACAUUUUGGCGCUCUACGAUGCGAGGAAUCCGCGUUUGCCCCUUCAAACACUAAGCUGUCCUCCUGGCUUGGAUGGUGUAAUAUCCAAGGCUCAACUGAGAUUGGCUCAGACGCCUCUGAAUGGCGCCAGGAAGGAACUUACCCAGCAAAGGCAGCAAUUGUGGGCUAUGCUAAAGACGCUUCUAAACAGCAAUGACGAGAAAUUGGUUAAGCAGGCCAAGGAUUUGAUAGUGGGUCCUCCGGCCAAAGCUCAGCUCGUGAAUCAACCAGAAAAUGCCGCCAAGGAGACGGUAUUUAAGUACAUCAUGAAAAUGUCCGAGCUCGGCUUGCAUCAAAAAUUGCAACUGCUGCGUCGUUUUGGAGUCGAGUGCUCCGUUCCUCAUUCCCAUCGAAAUCGCUUGAUGGAGCAUCUCCAGCAAAGAUCGGUGGUUCCAGAAGCAACGAGGGUGAGGCUUCGCAAGCUGGACGCCCGACUGCAUCGCCUUCACACGCGGCAUCGUUACAAAGCCAAACAGCGAUUAAGCCAUUUGACCAAACGGCGGCAGAAAUUCGAGGAUCUGGUGCCGCAGGAUUUUAUGUCUCUGUUCAGUGUCCUCAGCCUGGAUGAGAGCAGUCAGCCGAGAAAGGUUGUAAACAGCAAACCCAAAAAGAAUGCUAAAGGCAAACCGAAAAAGAAUGACGAAACCAAUCCUAAACCCAAUGACAGCGACAAAGUUAACCUGAAAGUAAAGAAAAUACCCACAAAGGCGGCUCCGCUGCAGGGAUUGGCGCAGAUUUCACAAGUGCAAUUCGGAGCUGGCGAUCAGGCUCAUCUGGUGGCAGUUUGCACUGAGUCGAGGGUUCUCAUUUGGAAUUUAUUGACGCUGCGACUGCAGGCGGGCUUAAAACUAUCCGUCCGUCAGCUGGCCUUUGAUCCGCUGACCAACCUAAUGGCUGUCAUUACGAAAAAUGAUGAGUUGCACGUGUUUCAACCAAAUGUUCCGCUGCCCCUGUAUCAACGCAGUAAUCUGCCCAAAACCUACGGCUUGGCUUGGUUGCCCAGGAGACAACCGAAGCAGAGCUCCAUCAAUGUGGACUGGCAGGCGCAGUCCACGCUGCUGAUGCUCACCCACUCGCAGGAGAUCGCGUACCUGGCGCUACCGGGACAGAGUCCAUCGGACGAUGCGCCCGCACCGAUCAGUUUCGCCCAGUCUGCCGCCACGGAAAAUCUGUUCAGGCACGCGACAUUCGGAAUUCAUGUAACCAAGCAGCAGCAGGUUUCCUCUGAGUUCCUGGAGAAGAGUGGCCCACUUAUUGUGGGACGAGGAGAACACAGUUCUGUGAAUGCGUUUGUCAAUCUUUCCGCCCACACGAUGCCUGCCAUGAGCCUGAUUUGUGGCGAAUUCGUCAAAUCGCUGCUGAUUCCGGCGGACACAGCCUCGAGGCACUCGUCGACCGCUGGACGAGAUGCCGUGGUGACCAACGGAGGAACGGUCAAUGGAAAUGGAUUGCACGGGCACAGUGAUGAGGAGCAGGAGGAUGAGGAGUUGGAUGAGGUGACGAGAAGCACAUUGGACACCCGGAAAACGCUGCUGGAGCAGAACAAACAGCUGGAGGAUCUGCCAACCGGAGCAGAAACUGACCAGCAGGCAUUGGAUCAUCGAUUAAAGACCAUUACCGCGCAGAGGACCAAACUAAGGUUAUGAAUGUAAACAAAUCUAUUAGUUGUUCUAAAAAAUUAUAAAUUCUUCUAUUUUUGUAUAAGACGAAAAGAUAAUACAAGUCAUAAUGCAAUAAAGUCGUUUUUUAUGUAUA